CCGACUCACACGGAGUUUGUCCGUGAACGGAGUUCUUCUACGAAGUUUAACCACCGUGUGUGUGUGUUGCAUCACAGUGUAUCUCGCGCUUUGCCGGUGUUUGUUCUGUGUUGUGUCAGCGUGGAUUUCACAGGUGUUGUUCAGCCGUUGUGUCAACGCCGGAGCUUCAAGCUUGGGGGCGGUUUGUAGACAGUUGGAGCCUCUUCUGCGUUAGCGUGGUUCACUUGGCCACGUUUGUGAUACAGACAUGCGGGCUGUUGAUAUAUCCCUCGCGCUUCUCCUGCUGGUUGUUGCAGAGUCGCACGGCCAGUAUCAGGACUGCAGUGCAUCGAAAGUCCAACAGUGCGAGAACAAUAUCGCCGCCCUGCAUGUCAAGGUUGGACUGGAUCAGUCUCCCCCACGGCAGUUAGAGGUUUGCAGUGACCUCCGUAAGAACAUCAACUGCCUGCUGAACUUCACGGCCAACUGCGCCAGCUUCGACCAGAAGACGAAGUACGCUCGCGCGUUGACUCAGGCCCGGAAGAGGGCGUUUGACUCGUGUGAGAUCCAAGAUGCAGUUCAUGAAUACUGGAAAGAUGGGGAAUGCUUCGGAAAGAAGGAGCUGAAAGGCUGCCUGCAAGACUUCGAAGAAAGGAACAAGAAGAGGAACAGCCCUCCCGCGUAUCCUUCGGACCACGAGUGCAGGCUUUAUAUGGACUACCAGCGGUGCGUACGGAAAUCUGUAAGCGCAGGGUGUCCUUCGCUGUGGGAAGAGUUCAUUGGACUGCACCUCAUAGACUCAGCUGAACGCUACUCUUGGAUCUGCAACGACAACUACCAGAGUCCGAGCUUCGGAGAAAAUGUCCCGCCCUCGUCAGGUGUGGUGUCCCGCUCAGCAGCCAUCAAUGCACCAACCUGCAAUGCCCUCAUCGCUCCUGACGUCAAGCGCUGCAAUGCACAGUUCAGUCGCCAGACUGCGCCACCAAAGUCACGGGGAAGAGGUGAAAAGGAUCCCAGGGACACACUCACAGAUGAGGAGGCCAGGACUAAGACAUGCUGUGCGUUUGGUGAAUACACGUACUGCCUUCAGUCGGCCUCCAAGAGAAAAUGCUCGGCUAGUAGCACCGAACUUGUGCGAAUCAUCCUGCGUAAUACGGAAGAACUCAUAGGGCUCCACUGCACGGAGGAUUACAGCUAUGGCUCCAACAUGUGCUCUGGGGCAUUACAGUCUUCUGCCGUUUUCUUCUUAGUUGCUCUUCUAGGGAUCUCAGCCUAUGUAGUGCACUGACAUGUGCACAGCAGCUAUAGAGGUCGUGAAAUAGAGCGAGUGGUAACUUGGAUGGAAAGCAACGCUACUUCAUUUGCAGCAAGUGUGAUCAUGUUCAUCAUCGCCAUUCUCAUAACCAGUCCAUAGUCAACUGGGGAGGUGCACCCUUUCCAAGAACACGACGUUGAAGAGGAAGCAAGAAACGGUGCCACCACCUUGUGAUUGCUCAGUACCGCGUUUGUGGUUUCACACGACAAAAGCCCAACGAUGCUGGUGUUCUGUGGUGCGCACUUUUCUGUUGUGAUCCGAAAUUUGUCUGUAGUGUGCUAUUUAUACUUUGUUUACAAAAUCAAAAGCUUCACAGACAAGUGACAAAAGUUUGAAGUACGUAAUUUCGAUCGAUGACGAGAAUUGUACGGUGCAAUCGCGUCAAUUCGAACUGUAAGGGUACUGAAGAUUUUCUCGAAAUAAAGCAGAGUUGGAACUGACGCGGGAGCCGCUGUGAAUGAGGGCUUGAUAUGCGUUUGGCAGCACAUGCUAGCUAUGCCAGAGACCUGUCGUGACUCGUUAAUCCUUAAUUGCCUCACGUUCACGGUCACGCAAUGGCGGAAGAUAUCAGAGGCGGUCUCUAGAAUAUUCAUUUACAGACAAGCAACAAAGGAGCUCAGGACAGAAAAUUAUCUUGCGCUAGCGUUCGUUUCUCCUACUGCAACUCUAUAUAAACGUCCUUUGCAAUGUUAAGCCUAAUGCAGUCGCAAACCUCACAAACGCGAAUAUCACCAAUCCAAUUAAAGAAAAGGCCAAAUUGCUUCCGUAUUGUUGGCUGUGUAGUCAACUGGAAAGGUCUUGGUCCCCUCAAAAGAGCCAGGCUCGCUUGCUUUGCCGACGACGAGUACUAAGCGGCAACGUUCCGCGCAGGCUGAGUUUGCGCACAUCGUUACAGUGAUUCGUUCGUUACUCCUCUUUCCUCUGGCAGAAGUAUCGCUUUUAUCAGAAAUUAACUUGUAAGUACUAAUAAGUAAAAGUGCCCCUGACACAGGAGCAGCAUGCCUGCCGGUGGUUCCGAGCUGAUGCGACGUCGGGUGUGGCCCUGCAAUCCUGUUCCAAUAAACCGGUGCACACGUUCAUACGUUUGAAUCACCAUGCGUUUUCCCCCCAUUGAAAUACAGACAGCUUUGCUGGGACACGAGCGUCAGUUCGAAUUAUCUGGAAGUUUGAGUUAAGAGGUUUCGAAUUCACGGGAUUGCACUGUAUCACAAAUCUUGUAACUAUGGUGCAGAGCCUUGUGAUGCUAUGGCUGAAGUUAUGCGGGAAAUUCAACAGUGAAGCUUUCUUUGAUAAUACACCAGCUUUCAUUUGUAGACUACAUUUCUUCAGGUGCAAAACAUUUGUACAAGGUACACAAAUAUAUACAAGGAAGGUCCCACAUGAACAGUAAACUGUUACUGUAGAACUUACCACUUACUGUUCACAUGGGACCUUUCUUGUGUGGAUAUUUGUGUGAAUUGUACAAAUGUUUUGCACCUGAAAAAAUGUAGUCUACCCCAUGAAAGCUUGUAUAUCAAAGAAAGCUUCAUUGUUGGAUUUCCUACAUAUAGUUACUGUUCUGGACGCUGGCUGCUUUCUUUUCCUCCCUCUGCUAGGUCUGAAGUUGUGAAAGAAUCCCGCAGCAAGAGUAAUGACCGAGGCCCCAAAGUAAUUUGCAACUGGUAUACUAAAGGCCUUAGAACAUGCAAACUAGGGAGGCAUAUGCUUUAACAAUUCAAAAAGUCAAUAUUUGCUAAUGUUAGCCCGCUGCUAAUGUCCUGCAGCGCAAAAGCAUUAAUUAAAGCACAAUAACCUGCGUCUAUGGUAAAAAUUAUUGGAGUAUUCUGGAAUUAAUCAGUCAGGAUAUGGCUGCAGCAGUGAGUAAAAUUUCUGAGCAAUAAUGCUGUGGAACUCAAAGGAAGUAAGCUCAUUAUGUACAAUAAUUUUAUGGACAUUACGACAAUUUUACAUACUCCACAAGCAGUUGUGAACAAUCUCGCAACAAAAGCACAUUUGUUCCGUGAAGGGAGUUAGAAAUCCCAUCAAAGUCAUCGUCCCUGUAUGUAGCACGAAAUGUUUCUCGUGACAAGUUACUUGUCAGUGAAAACAAAUGUUAGCUAUCGCUGUCAACACAAACUCAGGGACAAAACUCUGCACCUAACAAAAGAGACCGCAGACUAUGCUGCAUAUUGGAUGAGUCAUGUCAAACCACAGCAUCGCCUUAACCUGUUUGGCAGACAGGCUGGCUUCCAGGCAGCUGUUAUAAGUGACAGUGCAAGUAGGAUUUACUAAUAUUAAAGUGAUAAAGCCUGAGACAGAAUAAAUAUAACAAAAAAGGCCAUUUUUACUAGGGCCACUCUGCCCGACCACAGGCAGUGCUUUCAUUGGAUGUCGAAAAACAACUUGAGGUGUGAGGAGGUGCCUGCCUGAGAGGUCUGCAGAAGAUAUCAGCUUACAGGGAUAUACUUUUGUUUGUUAAAAAUUGUUCAGCAGAAGCAUUUUAUCAUCCUCUGGAAGAGAGUACCUUACCCUUGGGUUCCUCAAAUAUUAUUGUAGGCUUUUGUGGAUUGUUACAGCCUUUUGAAGUCACGUUAAAUACUUUCCUUGCUGUCACAAAGUGCUGACUGUCAUUCUAACUUAGGAGUAGGUGGCUUUUUUCUGUGCAUUUCAUUUCAUCUCAGUCUUUCAACGUAGUUCAAGUGUUUUGUAUUCAGCAUCCUUGUGUUUGAAGGCCGUUUAUUCUUUAAAAUGUGGCGUCGGUUUACAAAGGUGACUUGCGUUAGUAAAUAUUACUUAGAAAUUUUUUUUUUUUUUUUCUGAAAGUGACAGUUGUUUGCACAUAAUCCCGUCAUACGAGGUGUUGGAACGUUGCUUUUGUCCUGUGCACUAAUAAUGGUUUAUUAUUGUUGGUCUGUAUCCUCUGACCAUUUCAGAACAUUUGAAUGAUGUACACCGGUCUUUUUAUUCGUAGUAUGCAAGCGGACUUCAGAGAUAUCCAGUAGGUUCCUUGAUUUAUAUUCACCACCUUUUUUGUUUACUAAGGCUGACAGGACAAAAAGUACCAGGAUGGUUACUAUGUAACUUAUUAGACUAUGUGUUAUUAACUAGCAAAUCCUAUGUGCUCACAGCAGUCAGUGCAUAUGGAUGGUGGCUGCGCUAAAUAUGUAAGCCAGUUUUGCUUUCGCAGUACUUAGGGCAAUUGACUGUACAAUUUUGACUUGACUAGUUCUAAGCAAAACCACUAGGGCAUACUGAGAGGUGAAUAAUAACUGGUAGGUCCUAGGGCACCUUCAGACAUGCACGUGCAUGAACAUGUAGAAUUUUCAUUCUGUAGAAGUCGGAGGAACAUUACUACAAAGAUAAACUGGCAAAGGUUCCAGUUGAACGGAAAGUGUACUGAGGUGCAUAUGAAGCUCAAUUGUAAUAUAGCACCUGCAAUAUAUAUAUACUAUAUAUCGACAGAGCUUGUUGGACAUGUUGCAUACAUUGUGUCACUGUUGUACAGUUGGAAAUUUUAUCUCAAAGAAAAUACAUCAGUACCCUUACUGCCAGUAAAAAGCUGCGUAGAGACUUAGGGCUGUAAUUACGAGAAUCUUAAUAUCUAUAGUGCACAUAGUUUUAUUGGGUAUGUAGAGCAGUUUGUAUCAGUUUUAGAAAUAGGUGGGUGUAUUUGUAAUAUGACUGUAAUUAUUUUUGCUGUUUUCAUGAUGCCCGGCGGAGUGCUUAAGAACAUGAUCUGUAUACUCAAGAGGACAGUAUUGCUGUCGUGGUCACAUAUGUCAUGAAAAUGAGUCCACAUCAUAUCAUCAUAAGUGUAAAGGUGCAGUGUAUUACGUAAAUAACGGUGUGCAUAGUAGUAGUAAUGCAAAUGGCAUGCAGCGUGUUGUCAUAAUGUAAAUUGGCAUUGUUUGCACUUUUUGCGGUGCAGUUCUCGAAGUUUAGGGCUUUGAGGUAGUAUAACAUGAUAACGAACCGAGCAAUAGCGGACAGCAAAGGUGUCUUGUUCGAACAAGACUGUAGUUUACUGAGGGUAGUAAUCUCUUUGAGACAGAAAUGGGGGGCCCUGAAAGCCAUUCUCUGCAGCAUUUUUUGUAGUUUUGAAAUGAAUGAUGAAUUUACUGAUUUUUAAUGACUGAGGGCAGCAAGGAGAACUACAAGAAACAGAAUUCGGGUUAUUGUAGUUGAAUGUCUUUAAAGGUAAUCCUUGCUUCUUUUCAGACACGCGUGAAAAAUCAAAACUGUUAUUUAAUUACAAAUUACUCAAGAUGAUGUCCAUUAUAGGUUACUUCUUUCAGUCUAGGACAGCAGCAACAAUGGGAAUCUUUUCAGUUUAAAGUUUAUAUUCAUUAUAUGCAAAUGACACAGGUGCCUUUAGCAAGACACGGUGCAAGUGAGGAGGAGGAGGACAACAAAGUAUUUUUAUAUUUUUAUAUACAUAGAAACAAGUGUCCUCCAGUGUGAAGUUGUGUUUGGCUCAGCAUGUGUGUGCGUGUGUGUGUGUACUGUAUAGACUCGGAAUGGACAUUUUUUAGGUUGUAAAGCGAAACAUUCCUCCACUUCGAGCAAACAGACAUUAUUGUACAUACUCUUGCUCUGUUAAAGGCUGAAUAAAGGGUUACAGUUGAAAUAUU